AUGAUCUAGCAAAAUUCAGAUGCCGAAAUGAGAUUCAUCAAUUCUCCAGCUUCAUCUCCCCGUUCUCACAAACUUUCUAAAUAAAUAUAACCUUUUGAAAACAUCUAUAGUUUUUAAGAAUAUGAAUCAACUCCUUUUGUACAAAUAUAAAUAAUCUAGCCAUUAAACAACCUAGUUGUUUUAACUAAAAAGAAAAUUAGAAAAGCAUUGUCAAUUAAUCAAAAGUGUAAUACUGGUCAUUGGACUCCUGAAGAGCAUUAGAUAUAUGUAGAAUUUCUUUAAAAUCAUUUAAUAUCAUCAAUAAACAAUCAAGAAAAUAAAAAAAACAAUAAGAUAUUUAAACUUAUGUCUUUAACUAUAGGAACCAGAUCUCCAUCAUAAUGUAGGUAACUUUUACUUAAAAAUUAGAUCUCAUCAUUAAAAAUUUAAUCCUAGCACUCCAGCAGGUUAGAAAAGAAUCAAAAAAAACAAUAAAAAAUUAAGUAAACAUUUUAUUUAUUAUUUAGAUGAUAAUUUUCAUAUUAAACUACCAAUCACUAAUAUGAUUAAACAAUUCUAUACUCCUGAUCUCAAACCUAAUUUAGGUUUUCAUUAUCAUUAUUUUAGAACCUAAGUCUAAUUUUUAAGAUUUUCAUGAUUCAUCAGAAAAUUAAUAGAAUGAAUCUUUCAAAAUAAGAAUUAGAAAGUAUUCACUUAGCAAUAUAGAAGAUAAUUCAAAUUUUUAUAAUCCCCAUUACAAUCUCCUUUUUGAAUGA